CGUAUCCAAGACUGUAGUGUCGAUACGUUAAUGACGAAACACGUAAACUCCAAUAUUUCCCUAUUGCUAUUAGAACACAGGUUCAGAGAUACAGUAUCCACAUAUUGCUGGAGAACAGACGGCAAUGUAAAGUAUCAAGAAAAAAUAUAAAAUCUCUUGUAAUAAAUUUUCGAGCAUAUCACAAAAUUCUUGAGGCAGAGCAUUAUUAUCGUCACAUUCACAAAACUAUAAAGCCUUGAUUACCACAGAGACUAGUCCGGAUGGUUGCUAACAAUUCAACGAAAGCAGCUUUCAUUUCACUUUCUCCGGCGUUCCCGUAGCCAUUUCGUCCGGAGACCAGUUUUCAGUGACAAUUUGCCGCAAACGGUUCACUUUUCAAUUCUUCCAUGAUUCCACUGUCGCGUCGGAAUAACAAUAAUAAAUUUAAUUUAAUAUGAUUCUUGGUUUACCCGAAGAUAAUUUUACCAAUCAAUUUCGCGAUAGUAUUUGGAGCAGUGACAAUUUAUUAAGUAUGGAACGUUUAAGAUCACUGUCAAGGCUGAUGCUCUCACCUUAUUAUCCGAUUAAAUUUUAUCGAAAUUAAAUAACACGGGAUAUUAUCAUUAACAUGGGAUAUCACACCUAAUAACUAAGCUAAUAAAAGAAUCAGUGCUCGCAAUACGAUAUGUCAAAAGUGUGACUAGUGGAAUCGAACCUAAUUUCAAAUUACACGUGACAGUGAUGAGAGUCAAAAGGCCUGCAUUAUCGAAACACAGGACUGGGGUUGCGACCAAUGUCUUGGCCCAGGCCCACCACGUCUCCAGGGCGAAGAGGGGACAGGCCAUUGGGGCCGUGAGGGGUUUCCGAGGAUGCACCGUGUGGCUGACGGGACUUUCAGGAGCGGGAAAAACAUCAAUCGCAUUCGAAGUAGAAGCUUUCUUGGUAGCUCAUGGAAUUCCAGCCUACGGCCUGGACGGGGAUAACGUCAGAACAGGACUGAAUCGCAAUUUGGGAUUCAGCAAGGAGGAUCGCGAGGAGAAUAUACGCAGGGUCGCUGAGGUCGCUAAAUUGUUCGCCGACAGUGGAGUCAUCACUCUGUGCAGCUUUGUGUCACCUUUCGAGGAAGACAGACAAAUGGCAAAGCGAAUUCACAAGGAGGCGGCACUUCCCUUCUUCGAGAUCUUCGUGGACACGCCCUUGAACGUUUGCGAGGCCCGUGACGUUAAAGGACUUUAUAAGAAGGCCAGACAGGGUACGAUUAAAGGAUUCACUGGGAUCGAUCAGAGCUACGAGAGGCCAGCGCAUCCGGAUCUGAUAGUCACUACUGAGAAUUGCAGCGUGGACCAGUCGACGGCGAUGGUCAUCGAGUUCCUGGAGAAGCACGGGAUCAUUCCAAGUUUGCCCAUGCCUGGGGAACCAGUUAGGGAACUUUUCGUGACGGAGGAACGAGCGACCGGUGCCAGGGCCGAGGCGGAGUCCCUCCAGGCUGUGGAGAUCAAUGAGGUUGACGUUCAGUGGCUUCAAGUCCUGGCCGAAGGCUGGGCAGCUCCUCUGAAAGGAUUCAUGAGAGAGGAUCAGUAUCUUCAGGCUCAGCAUUUCAAUUCUCUAGUGGAAAAAGGAAAGGAAAUCAAUCAGAGCAUUCCGAUUGUUCUUGCUGUGUGCACUGCUGACAAGGAAAGAUUGGACGGUGUAUCGGCACUGUCGCUGAAAUACCAGGGCAGGAAUCUUGCCAUACUGCGUAAUCCAGAAUUCUACUUUCAUCGAAAGGAAGAGCGUUGCUCCAGGCAAUUCGGAACCAACAAUCCGGGUCAUCCUUACGUUAAGAUGAUCCACGAGUCUGGUGACUGGCUGGUUGGCGGUGAACUGGAAGUCCUGGAGAGAAUACGCUGGAACGAUGGUCUGGAUCAAUAUAGAUUGACUCCGAACGAGAUAAGGCAAAAAUGUCGCGAAAUGGGCGCGGAUGCAGUUUUUGCUUUCCAAUUGAGAAAUCCUAUUCACAAUGGCCACGCUCUUCUUAUGCAGGAUACAAGGAGGCGUCUGCUGGAAGAACGUAAUUUCAAAAAACCGAUUCUUCUGCUUCAUCCUCUCGGUGGCUGGACCAAGGAUGAUGAUGUUCCCCUACCAGUAAGGAUACAGCAACAUCAGGCUGUUCUCGAAGAGGGUGUCCUUCAUCAGGACACACUCCUGGCCAUAUUCCCUAGCCCAAUGAUGUACGCGGGUCCUACCGAAGUGCAGUGGCAUGCCAAAGCUCGAAUGACAGCUGGUGCCAACUUUUAUAUAGUUGGCAGAGAUCCUGCAGGAAUGCCACAUCCUGAUAAGUCAGCGACUCCCGAUGGAAAUCUCUACGAUGCUACGCACGGCGCUAGAGUUCUCUCUAUGGCGCCAGGACUGCAGACCCUUGAAAUAAUACCAUUUCGAGUGGCGGCCUACGAUACCAGAGUCAAGAAGAUGGCCUUCUUUGAACCUGAACGUAAACAAGACUUUGACUUCAUAUCCGGCACAAGAAUGCGUGGAUUGGCCAAAUCCGGGGAAAGUCCACCAGACGGUUUCAUGGCGCCUAAGGCCUGGCAGAUUCUCGCGAACUAUUAUCAAAACCUAAUUAAGAAAUAAGGCUUUUACUUUAUACGUGUACAUUUACAACGCUGGAACAGCGUUUAACUUUUUUAUCAUUGUAAAAUAUCGUGGAUGGAUUGUAAAUAUUUUAUUAUGGAUUAGACCAACUGAAUAAAUAAUGUGCAUAUGUUGUAACA